AUGCCCGGCUUGUUUUCAGUGCUUCGGCGUCAUUCACUUUUGACUGCCACCGCAUUCAUAAUUACAGCACUGUCCAUACCGGCUUAUCAAGACUAUCGAUCUUUCAUCUCUUACGGCCCCGGUGGUCCUCCUCACAAUGCCCUUGGCUGGUUCUUUUCUAGAUUUAUCGCUACACCUUUUGGACAGGAUAUGCUCGGGACUGGGGUAUAUGAGCCAAAAGUCCUGACGGGCAAGAAUAAAUCUUAUCUUACCAUUGCAAAUGAUCAACUUCCUCAACGCUAUGGGAAGAGACCCGUUGAUUUCGUAGCAGCUUUCUACAUCUUAGCCAGCAAAAACCCCCACAUAAUCAAAGUGGCACCCUCAAACGCUGAGAAACAUAGCGAUGCCAUGUGGCUACUCGAUACGAUCCAUCACGCACGCGAGGCAGUUCAAACAGGAGGCGAGAUCGCUCAUAUCCAUGAAACAGGCGACCAUUCUCUUCACGUUGUACUUUCUCCGGCGGAUGCCAAAGAGGUCAUUGAGGCCGGCUGGGAUCAGCGUCAUGCCUUUGCCGGAUGGAGACCCUUGGGAGACGAGGUUGAUAUAAUCCUGGAAAUUGUCAAGGCUGCUUUGCGUUAUACGAGUAUGGGUGCGGAGGUGGUUUCCUAG